AUAUGAAUGUAUAUUAAGCGCCCACACUACUUCUCUCCCCAUCCCAUCUCCCUUUCUCUCUCACCUCCAUCUUCACCUCCACCUCUCCUCUUACUCCUCACCCUUCACCUUCUACCUUCUCACCUUCAACCUUCCGUCACCUCUCCGAGCACCACUCCCACCAAGAUGCCUCCCACCGACAUCUUCCCCUCCCCCUGGCUCCCCGCCCCGACCCUCACGCACCCCUACCGAACCAGCCCCAUCACCAUCGGGAACCUCAUCACCGACCCCCUGGACCCAACAUCCCUCAUCUACGAAGAACCCAACUACCUCGACGUCCCCGUCCUCGAAUCUCGCCGCUACGAUCUCGCUUCCCACUGGGAAUGCACCACCACCCCGUCGCGGACCUCUCCCUGGCACACAUCCACGGUGCUUCCGUGCGGCAUGGCCCUGAAUCUCGAGUACGAGGUCGAUUGGCUCGAUACGGAGGUAUUGAAUCGUACGCCCCAUGUCCUGGAGGGGUAUUUGGGGGGAAUGUUGGAGGGGAGGGUUCCGUGGGUGAGGGAGUGGGUGAGGGUGGUGGAUGGGGGAGUGUGGGGUGGGGGACGGGAAAGGGAGAGGGAGAGGGAUAGAUCCGUUAGGAUGGCUGCAGGGGGUGUUGGUGGUGGUGACGCGGGGUCUAAAUCGACUCUGGCGAGUUCAACUUCGGGGUCAACUACAGCUGCAACAUCUACUACGAGCACAACGCCCAACUGCCGUCAGCGGAAGAGUAUAUAUCUCAUCACAGGCAAACGAUACGCCACAGGCGUGACCAUCCACACUGAACGCAAGAUCUGGGGCCCAGAAAUCCAAUCCAACCACGGAGAAGAACAUCCAAUUCCGGUGCUGGGACAGACGGUCUGGGUACCGGUUUGGAGUCGCCGGGUGCGAUUCGAAGAGACACAUGAUGUGGUGCUUUCGUAUAAGGUGAUGGAGGUGGUGUGGAUUAAGGAGGGGCAAGGAGAAGGGGAAGGGGGCCGGUUGGGAUUGGAGGAGUAUGUGGGUAAGACGGAGGUCAAGGAUGUGGUGAGGUUGGUGGAGGAGAAUUGGGAUCGGAGGAUUGGGGUGGUUGGUUCGGUGUGAGGAUUGAUGAGGUGUACUUUGUACUUUGUACUCUGUACUGCAGGAAGUGGGAUUGAUGUUUGUGUUGUGGGGUAGGUGUUGUAUGGAGAGGAGAUUAUCUGGGGAAUCAUUUACUCAUCUUUGACUCAUGGGUGUGUUGGUCAGUGUCAAUACUGCAUUGCUAUAUCUCUGAUCUAGAGUCUCCCUGCAAAUUGUUUAAAAAGUGACAGUCAGCAGCUGUCUACUCUUACUGAAAACACACUGCAUACACUCUAUCAUAUACAUCCCCACCCAGCGGGGCCUCAUAAAAAUACCAUACCCAUAAAAAUACCCAACACCUUACGCCUGACCGUACCAGCCACCACCCUAUUUAUUGUGUAUCAAAAAGUUCCGGAACGAGUCCCAGUGAUCCGAGUCGGCGUAUCUGCAAUCCCAUUAGCCCACUUCCACAUCCCACAACCACCACCAGGAG